CACCACUCCUCCACGUUCCCACACUCCACUGCCUAUUUCUUCCAUCAACGUGCUCUCCAUCUGCCCUCUGCCUGGUUGCCCGCCUCUGUUCCGCGUUCAUGUCACUCGACCUAGCCAUCCUGGCCGUUGCCCGCGGCGCUGAGGUGAUACUUACAAACCUAGCUUGUAUUACGCAGAUCAUGCAACCAUUCGGUAUGGCGGGGCCCAUGAAUAAUCCUUUGUGUUAACGUUGCGAGCUAUAAGGACAAGCAACCCUCGUCCCCGAAUCCUCUCAUCGUCCUUCUCUAAGUCCUCCUCUUUGCCCCAAACAACCCUUCCAUCCACCGCCCUGUCUCUGCCCAUCAUGACUGACUCCGCCGACCCAUACUUCAUCCCCCGCGGGACCAGCGAGGCGGAACGUCUCGAGCUCCAACACGGCUACAUCCUCGCCUGCCAGGGCUACUACCUCCACCCCGAUCUCCCUCCCCUGCCCGCCGGGGCUCGCAUUGCCGACCUCGCCACUGGCACCGCCAUCUGGCUCCGUGAAGUCGCCGCUGCAAAGCCCACUGUAGAAUGCCACGGCUUCGACAUCUCCGACACUAUGUUCCCCGCACCGCCAGCUUUGCCUGCGAAUGUCACUCUACACCUUGCCGACGUCAAGAAGCCCUUUGACGCACGUUGGAUCGGAUACUUUGACGUCGUUCACGUGCGUUUGCUUCAGGCCGCGAUGAGCACCGACGACUGGGGCCCAGUGCUCCGCAAUAUAACCACCCUCUUGAAGCCGGGCGGCUGGCUACAGUGGAUGGAAGACGAUCGAGCGCGGGCCGUGCGACGUCCAAUGCGUCCCGUCGCUCCCUUCGGCGCAGCGCAAGCCUCUCUGGCUUCGCAACCGCCUGCAUGGCGGCCACUGCCGCAACACAAACACAUGUCCAACUUCACCCAAGCCCUCAUGCCCGGCGACAUUCCGCUUGCCCUCAGUCAAGGCUACGUGAAGCUCGACGACCUCAUGGCCGACCCGCAGUACGGGAAUUUGCAGCAGGUCGCCUGCGACGGGUUUGUCGUUGACCGAAUGGAUGAUGGGGGCACGCUAAGAAAGGGAUGGGCUGCCAUGAGUAUUCACCUCGUACUCGGGAUGGUCCCAGGGAAGGAUGAGCUGGUUACAAAGAUUGCGCCGGGCGGCAUUGACGAGUGGGCUAAGAAAUCGUCGGCCGAGGUGGAGGCCGGCUGGCACUAUGUCAGUCAAGCGGCCGUGUUUACUGGAAGGAAAAGAUUAGAGUAGCACGGGACGGAGUUGGUUUCAGGUGACAGUCAAAUCAAACACGAAUGUAGGUGCAUCUCGUUUGCAUCAGUGAAUCACAUUCCGUGGGUUGUCAAGAUAAGGUGUAUUUCGAUGGUUGAAGCUGGCAGCCAUGUAAGUACCUCG